AUGUCCCGUUUGAGAGGCGCGCAGCAGGACGUUUCUGACUCACUGCGGGGCUUCAGAACCCCCAAAAGCGAGCCCAGUGUCCCGUAUGGACUCCUUAGAGCGGCCCGGAAGAGCGGAAGUCUCAACCUGACCAAUCGUAACCUCGAAGAAGUCCCGGCGAGCGUGUACCGCCUGAAUGUGGACACGCCCGAAGAGGCCCGGGGCGACGCCUCGUUCGGCGCUUCAGAUCGCUGGUGGGAGCAGACGGACCUCACCAAGUUGCUGCUGUCGUCCAACCGUCUCACCCGCUUGUCCGAAGACAUCCGACUGCUGCCCGCACUCACCACGCUCGACCUACAUGACAAUCAACUACAGACGUUGCCGGGCACUUUGGGAGAGCUGCAGGAGCUUCAGCAGCUGCGACUCAGUCACAACCAACUGACGUCUCUGCCGCUGGAGGUCUACUCGCUGAAGAACCUCCGUAGCCUGACGCUGCAGCAAAACCUGCUGGAGGUGUUGCCCGAGGAGCUGCGACAAAUGGACGCGCUCACCGAACUGGACAUUUCUGACAACCGGCUGACGGAGCUCCCGUCCGGCUUGGGCCACCUCAGCCGCCUGCAGAAGCUCCAUCUGUGCCGCAACAAGCUAACCUCUUUGCCCGACAGCCUGGCGCUGCUCGCCAAUGUGAAGCUGCUGGACUGUAGCGGCAACCAGCUGAGUGACGUUCCCGCCUGCCUCUCGCAAAUGGUGGCCCUGGAGCAGCUCUACCUGCGACACAACAAGCUGCGCCAACUCCCGCCGCUUCACGCUCCAGCGCUCAAGGAGCUGUACGUGGGUAACAACCAGUUAGAGAGCGUGGCGGCCGAGCAGGCGUCCAGUUGGAGCGUCCUGUCCGUACUGGAGCUACGAGACAACAAGAUCAAGACGCUGCCCGACGAGCUGGCCGGCCUCAGCGCGCUCACGCGGCUCGACCUCACCAACAACGACAUCGGCGUACUCCCCGCCUGGCUCGGGUUGCUGCCCGACCUGAAGAUGCUGCUGCUGGAGGGAAAUCCUCUGCGGGGGAUCAGGAGAGACUUGCUGACCAAAGGCACCAAUGAAAUUCUCAAGUACCUGAGAGGACGAAUCAAAGAAGAGCCCGACAGCGCCGGAGACACGCCCACUGCAAUGACGCUGCCCAGCCAGGCCGCUGUCAACGUGCACAGUAUCAAAACGUUGAAGUCGCUGACGUACAGCGACAAGAAGGCUGAGAGCAUCCCGGACGAGCUUUUUGGGGCCGCCGCCGAGAUCGCCAUCACGUCCGCCGACUUCAGCAAGAACCUGCUAAGCGACGUUCCGCCCAGGUUAGCCGAGACGCGGGCGUCGCUGACGGACCUCAACUUGGCGUUCAACAGGCUGAGCUGCUGUGAUCUUGUCUGCUCCUUGCACAACCUCGUGCACCUCGACCUCAGGAACAACCAACUGAGGGACUUACCGGCUGAGUUGAAAAACUUGAGCAAACUUCACUCCAUCAUCCUCAACUACAACAGGUUGGCGUGCUUCCCGGAGGUAUUGUACCACAUGCCGUCGCUGGAAAGCAUCCUGCUGGGAAACAAUCAGGUGGGCGGCGUGGACCCCACCCGUUUGCUGGGUCUGGUCCGCUUGUCCACGCUGGACCUGUCCAACAACGACCUGCUCAACGUGCCGCCUCAACUGGGUCUUUGCACGUCUCUCAGAUGCCUGAGUCUGGAGGGCAACCCUUUCCGAACGCCGCGAGCCGCCAUCGUGGCAAAAGGAACGGACGCCGUCCUGGAAUAUCUGCGCAGCCGUAUCCCCGCGUGA